ACAGACUAGUCUUCUUACUUCAUACGGCAAUCCGUCUUACUCCCUUUCUUUCGAAAUGUCACUCUUUUGAAUCCCGAUUCCACUCACAGAUUCCAUGUAAACAUAUAAUUUUCAUGCCAUUUGUUUUCACCUCUUUUUAAUUCAAUCAAUGUGAAUUCGCUGUUUUCCUCACAUGAAUUUCAUUCAACCUUUAUUUAUCAUCUCAAUAAUGAAUGUCGAACAAUUAAUUUCAUUGAAAAAUCCAAUCAUUCAUACAGAAUUUGUUGUAAUUUUUUUUUAUAUUUCGAAAUGAAAGUCUAAAUUAAAAUUGCAUGCAUAUUUUAAUGCUGAUAUAUGGUCCAGUAUGUUCUGAUUACAUCAACAUUUCGAACAAUAAUCGAAAAAAAUGUUCCGUUUUUCGAUAAAAAUGAAGCGAAAAUAACGUGGAAUGUAAUUUAUACCCUGUGCUUACUUACUUAUUUUUAUCAAUCCGAUUGUUUAUGUCACAAAAAUAUAAACAUUCUUCAACGGAAUUCCGCAUUCAUCCGAAUAAUUUGAAUCAACCGCUUCGGUCGUCAAAUUUCGAAAAUACUGUAUUGCGUCAAAUUCGAAUACAAGUUGUUCGAAAAACCGUCGUCCACCAAUCAGAAGCGUAAACGAAACGAAUUUCGAAAUGAUAACCAAUCCAAGACAGCCAACACCAAUAAGUCUAAUUUUUCUCUGCUUUGUAUUUGAUUUGAUGCAUACAGAAGUCUCGAUAUUGUGUGUGCCGGCAUUAACUCUUCAUUCUCAUUUCACAAUACGAACUACGAGCAGCAUUCAACAGAAGCGAGAAAAAAAACCUUUUAUUCCAGAGCCACGUCUCAAGUGAAUAAGUUUGAAUCAUUCGCUGAAUUCGUUUUGGUGGAAAAAAUAGAACGAAUUUCAUUAGUUUUAGUUUGAUUUGUUUUUUUUUUUAUGUAGAAAAUUUGUUAUAAACGAUCGUUAAUAGAAAAGGAAAAUUGUGUAAAUCAAAAGAAACAAAAGAAAAAAAAUGUUAUUUAAAUCGGCAUUUGUGUUUGUGACGCUUUUUGCGUUCUCAUUAGCCAGCGACGUUUUAGAUCUCAGCGAUGAUGAUUUCAACACAAGAGUUGCUGAAACUGAAACAACAUUAGUUAUGUUCUAUGCACCAUGGUGCGGUCAUUGUAAACGUUUGAAACCCGAAUAUGCUCAUGCCUCCGAAUUGUUACGUGGCUCCGAUCCACCAAUCGCAUUGGCACAAAUCGAUUGUACUGAAGCUGGCAAGGAAACGUGUAACAAAUUCUCAGUCAGUGGUUAUCCAACAUUGAAAAUCUUCAAGAACGGAGAAUUCUCGACCGAAUACAACGGACCGAGAGAAGCAGCCGGUAUUGUUAAGUACAUGCGCGCACAAACUGGUCCAGCCUCAAAAGAAUUGAACUCCCUGGAAGAAUUGGAGAAAUACUUACAAGCCCAAGAAUCCACACUCAUUGGAUUCUUCGAAGGCGACAGCUCAUUGAAAUCAACAUUCCAGAAAUAUGCCGACAAAUAUCGUGAGAAACAACGUUUCGGUCACACAUCAGCCGCCGAUGCAUUGAAGAAAUACGGUGUUACCGAUGGCAUCAUUUUGUUCCGUGCUCCACAAUACGCCAAUAAAUUCGAAGAGAACCAAGUCAAAUUUGAGGGUUCAGGCAUCGAAGAAUUGACCACAUUCGUUAAGGGCAACUUCCAUGGUUUGGUUGGACAUCGUACACGUGACAAUGCCGCCGAAUUCAAACCACCAUUUGUCAUUGCUUACUAUGCCGUUGACUACGCUAAGAAUCCAAAGGGAACCAACUACUGGCGCAAUCGUAUCUUGAAGGUUGUCAAACCAUACAAAGGUCAAUACUCGUUCGCCAUCAGCAGCAAAGAUGAAUUCCAACACGAACUCAACGAAUACGGUUACGAUUAUACCGGUGACAAGCCAGUCGUUUUGGCACGCGACGAACGCAACCAGAAAUUCAUUAUGAAAGACGAAUUCUCAAUUGAAAACUUGCAAGCAUUCUUGGAUGAUUUGGAAGGUGGCAAACUUGAACCAUACCUUAAAUCAGAACCAGUCCCAGAGGACAACAAUGGACCAGUUAAGAUUGCUGUUGCCAAGAACUUUGAAGAUCUCAUCACCAACAACGGCAAAGACACACUCAUCGAAUUCUAUGCUCCAUGGUGCGGACACUGCAAGAAAUUGGUUCCAGUGUACGAUGAGCUCGGUGAAAAGUUGGCCGAUGAAGAUGUUGUUAUCGCUAAAUUUGAUGCCACCGCCAAUGAUGUGCCACCAGAGUUCGAGGUUCGCGGUUUCCCAACUCUCUUCUGGUUGCCAAAAGACUCGAAAUCAAAACCAGUGAAAUAUGAAGGUGGCCGUGAAGUGGACGACUUCCUUAACUACAUUGCCAAGCAUGCCACCGAAGAAUUGAAGGGCUUCAACCGUGCCGGUAAACCCAAGAAACAAGAAUUGUAAAUUUAGUUAUAAAAAAAAUAAAACUCAACAAAUAAAAUGAAAAUGAUAAAGAAAUGAAAUUUAAAAAAAAAACACACACACACACAUACCGUGAAGAACAAGAAGAAUGAGCUAAGAAAAAGAAAAAAAAAAGUUUAAAAUACACUUAACUUAAUUAUCAAUUUGUUUUGUAAGGAAAUCUUUUUUUUUAAAGCAUUUUAAAAUGGAAAUGAGAAGAAGCAAACUGACACAUAGUGGAUAAUAAUGUUGUAAUUAUUCCAGAAAUAAGUUGAUAAUAAAUAAAAGAGAGUCGCUACAAUACAAAUACAUUCGAAAACAAAAACGAAACGAAACGCAGCAGAUUCAUUUUGAAGUAAAGAAGAACGAAAAGAGGACAGAUAAAAAAGCCACCAUAUCGAUCGUUCAUAUUGAAUAUGGAAACACAAAAUUUUUCAUUGGCCACCAACGCACAACGAAAUAAAAUUUUCAAUUUACGCCUUGAUACUUGCACUUGAUUUAGAUGUUUUUGUCCAAGGCACCUAAAUGUCAUUUCUUUUUAAAUAAAAAGGAGUAUGUUGUGCUGUGAUUUGAA